AUGGACACGAAUUUUCUAUUAUUGGAAUGCAGAAGCUGCAGGAUGAAAUUUGAAACUCAAAGAGAAUUUGAUAAUCAUAAACAAAAUUUCUGCAAGGAGUCAGAGUAUGGAACUCUUCCUAGUCUCUAUAAGAAACUGGAAGCAUCGGAUAACCAAUCAGCGCAAAAUAGAUAUUAUCAAGAAACUCUUACAUUAAAUGAUGUUGAUCGUUUUGUGCAGUAUCAAAGGAUACCUGAGAUUGAUGCACAAAUUAAAGGGACUGACUCUACUUUAAACUAGAGCAAUCUUCUCCAAUCAGAAGUUUUAUUUUCGAAAAAUUAUGAAUUAAAAAUUUAUAAAUUUAUCGCCAAAUUCAUUUAAAUAAUAUUCUACUACUUUCCACUUAAAAAUAGAGCAAAUAUAGGAAAUUUAAUAUAUUUAAGGAAGCUAUAUUUUAAUCUAUAAAAUUAAAAUUUAUUCCAAUUUUAAGAUAAUUAUUGCUCAAAACAUUAGAAUUUAUGAUAUUUUGCUCCAAUUAAAGAAGUGGGGUGAGAUGUAUGAUGCAAGAGCAAGCAUAAAACAUAUAGAAGAUAAAUUUCUGAGGUAUAAUAAAGAAUAUGAAAAUUCGCAUCAGAAAAUGAUCAGGGAUGAGCUAAAUAAUAUUAAUAUUGAAAGGCAAAAAGCUAAUAUUCAAAGAAAACAAAAUGAAGGGACAAUUGAGCAUUUACUAAAAGAAGUAGACAAUCGGAAAGAAAAAGAAAGAGCUGCUAUUAAUGAGAAAGAUGAGAUAGAAAAAGCGUUAAGGGAACUGGAAAAAAGAAGGGCAGAAGCUCUUGAAGCAAUAAAAAAGGCUGAAAUCCAGAAGAUUUUGGAAGAAAAACAGAAAAUCCUAGAUAAAGAAGCCGUUUUGAAAAGAGAUAUAUCAAGCCUACAAGAAAAGGCAGAGAAGCUUGAAAAUGAUCCUGAGUUUCAAUCCAGUGAUUUAAUUACCAGGACGAGGGACAUAAAAGAAAAUUACAAACAAUUGAAACUUGAUGAGAUCAGUUUGUAUAGAAAUAAAGGGGAAGAUAUUGCAUAUAUAAGGAGAAGGAAAGAGAUGCUGGAAAAUGAUAGGAAAAAAAUUAUGGAAGAUCUAGAUAAAUUGAGAAAUGGUGGAGAUGUGUCAGCGGCUAGAAAAAAUAAAGCAGGGCUAAUGGCUGCAGCUUAUAUAUUAAAUAAGCACGAUCAAAACGACAUUUAUGGAGCACGGCGAGGCGAAAAUUCAUCAAAUUUUGGAAAUCUUCUAAAAAACUCAGAUUUUACAAUUGAAAAUUCUGGGCGUAUUCAAAGUUUGCCAACCUAUGAUUUUGGCCCAUCCAUCCGAGUCCUCCCUGAUCAAGAAAUUAGUGAUAAUCGUUCAAUUGCAUCUAAAGAAAGCUUCAGAACAGAAAACCCAAGGAAAGAUUCAUUUAAAGCGCUCUCAAAUCUUGAUUUCCCUACUUUCAAGCAAAAUCAGGCAGAAAGUAUUGACCCUAAUUUAAGCUCCGAUGCAAGUCCUCACCUUUAUAACUCAAAAUCUGGCUUUAAUCAGCGAAGCUAUCCACUUGAUCCCUCAAGUUAUAACUAUUUACAAACAAGUAUGGAUGAUUCAAUUAUUGACCUCUCCAACCAAAAGCAACCACAAGAACGUUUUUAUUCUGGGAUUAAUGACUCAUCAUAUAUUCGAAAUAAAUCCAAUGACAAACCUUCUUCGUCUUCUUCAGCUUUAUCAAAUCAUUUUUCUGAAAAUCAUUUUAAGACAAUAAAUAAACCCAAAGUCGAAGAAAGGCCAAAUCUUGAAUCGGUAAUUCAGAAGAGAUCUAAAGUUAAUGAAGAGCUUAAGCAAGUUAAGGGGAGAAUCCAAAAGAUGCUUAAAGAUAUUAAUCUUGAUACAAGCCAGCAGAGGUAA